CAACAAUGCCUUGUAUGGGCGGAUACUGCGGCCUGACACCUCUCUAAAGUCCAUUAAGCCCGCGUGAGGUCAUGCAAGCUGCAUGGUAAAGGUAAAUAUAUAGUUCUGUGUCCUCAACAGCCAUUAUUGUCCCUUCCCUUCAUUAUUGUUUGGUGUGUUCCGUCAGUACUCUCUACGCAGUAGCAAUCAAUAUGGCCUCCGCACAAACCUCCGCCGUCAAUGUCGUCUUCGGAGCGAUGACAUUCGGCAAGGAAGGCGCUGAACAGUCCCGCGUCCACGACUUGCCCACCGCUGGCGCUAUCCUCGACGUAUUCCAGAAGCAUGGCCACAGCGAGAUCGACACCGCCCGCGCCUACGGCAAUGGCUCCUCCGAGGAAAUGCUCGGUGAUCUCGAAUGGCAGAAACGUGGCAUCGUGAUGGACACGAAAUACUACCCGACCGCUGGUCGCUCAGGCCCGGCAGCAUGGGACUCGUCCCUCCGGCACACUCCAGAGGGCUUGCGUGACAACCUCACCAAGUCCCUCAAAGCACUGAAGACCGACAAAGUAGAUAUGUGGUACCUUCACGGUCCUGACCGGACAACACCAUAUGACAUCACCCUGAAGGCGGUCAACGACCUUUACAAAGAAGGCCACUUCAAGCGCUUCGGCAUCAGCAAUUACAUGGCGUGGGAAGUGGCGCAGAUGUGCGAACUAUGCAUCGCGAAUGGGUGGAAGAAGCCGGAUGUCUACCAAGGCGUGUACAAUGCAUUGCACCGCUCCGUCGAGCCCGAACUGUUUCCUUGUUUGCGGCAUUACGGAAUAGCUUUCUACGCAUACAACCCCCUAGCCGGUGGCUACCUCACGUCGCGCUACCAUCGCGAGGAUAAGGAACAUGAGGAAGGCUCACGCUUCGAUCCGAAUAGGUGGCAGGGGAAGAUGUAUCGGACUCGGUACUGGAACGACCAGUACUUUGACGCUUUAGACAUCUUGAGGCCUGUAGCGAAGAAGCACGGUCUAACGGAGGCGGAGUGCGCGUUGAGGUGGAUGAACCAUCAUUGCUUGCUGAGCCGAGAGAAAGGGGAUGCGAUCAUUAUUGGUGCGAGUAGUGUAAAGCACAUGGAGGAGAACAUGGUGGAUUUAGAGAAAGGCCCGCUGCCAGAGGAGGUCAUACAGGCUCUAGAUAAGGGAUGGGAAGGUUGCAAGGGGAUUAGCAUUCGGUAUUAUCACUAGCAGUGAGACGACGUGCUAAAGCGGAUUCAGCUGGACAGUUC